GGCACCAUAUUGGGCAAAAAGAGUAGGACAAUAGCUGCAUCUCUUUCACAGUAGAUUCGCGUUCAGACGUGACUCGCUUCACGCUAGUCGGUGCGCCGUUCGGAAGUGUGGUGUACGACAUACACGUUAAUUUGUGUUUUAAGACUACAAAAGUAAAAAAAUCACGUAAGUUUUGUUGUUUUCUUCUCUUGUAGUUAUUAAUUUUAUCUACUUAGUUAUUAUUUGUACGUAAUAAGUAUUUAUUAAGGUCUCAUUUGACAAUAAAUAGAGAUUGCCAGCACAGUUAAAGUUUUUCUUAUUGCGUCAUAAAAUUAAAAUGUUAUGAGUGGUACACAGUGGGUCGUUUCUAAGGGGGGCACAGUGAGUCGACCCACUGUGUACCUAUCACCAGGCGUCUCUAAAUACAAUCGGCCAGAUGACUACAAUAGCUAUUUUUAUUUUACAGAAUGCCAAAAAAACGCCCGAUAAGUAGAAAAAUUGGUAAUCACACAAAAGAACAAAUGAAGGAAGCGCUUCAAGAAAUUGAGUCAGGAAAAAAGAUACGUGCUGUAGCAAGGGAUAAAAGAAUUCCAUUUUCAACGCUACAACGUUAUGCAGUCAAAGUAAAAGCAUCCAAAAGUACAGAAAAUGUAAAGCUUGUUCCGAAUUAUGAUGUUAAUAGAGUUUUUACGGAUGAGCAAGAACAAGCACUUACUGAAUAUUAUAAAAACUGCGCUCUUAUGUUUUACGGCCUAACAACAAAAGAUUGUCGAAAAGUUGCAUAUGAAAUGGCUGUUAUAAACAAAAUUAAAAUGCCACAGUCAUGGAUUGUUAACCAGAUGGCAGGUAUCGACUGGUUAAAAUCUUUUCGCAAGCGUCAUAAUGAACUUUCUUUACGCAAACCGGAAGCUUGCAGUCUGGCUAGAGCAACAGCUUUUAAUAAGGAAACCGUGAAGGUCUUUUUCGAUAAUCUACAAGAAGUUUAUAAAAGACAUUCUGCAUUUGCUGAUGGUACCAGAGUGUACAAUCUUGAUGAGACGGCAACGGUUACAGUGCAGAAACCCCAAAAAGUAAUAGGUCCUAAAGGUAAGAAUAUCGGGAAAGUAACAAGUGGCGAAAAAGGCACCCUAGUAACAACUUGCUGCAUUAUCAGUGCAGCUGGUCAAGCUUUGCCACCGGUACUUAUUUUCCCAAGGAAAAACUAUAAGGAUCACAUGAUUAAAGGUGCUCCCCCUGGAACAUUAGGGCUAGCUACACCAUCUGGUUGGAUGAAUAGCGAGUUAUUUGUCGACACAAUCAAACACUUCAUCAAAAACACAUCGAGCUCUAAAGAAAACCCUUCAAUAUUAAUUAUGGAUAACCACGAGUCGCAUUUGUGCAUUGAAGCCUUAGAUAUAGCAAAGGAAAACGGUGUGACAAUAUUGACACUACACCCUCAUACGUCAGCAAAGCUGCAACCUUUGGAUGUGGGCAUUUAUUCUCCAUUUAAAAGCUACUACAACGCCGCUAUGGAAUCAUGGCUGCUAAACAAUCCAGGAAAAGGUGUAACAAUAUAUGAUUUAGCUGAGCUGAUAGGGACCGCAUUUAUCAGAACCAUGACGCCAACAAAUAUUAUUAAUGCCUUUAAAAAGACCGGGAUCCAUCCUUUUGAUAGGAAUGUUUUCACAGAAGAAGACUUUUUACCGAGCGCUGUGACCGCAUUUAUCAGAACCAUGACGCCAACAAAUAUUAUUAAUGCCUUUAAAAAGACCGGGAUCCAUCCUUUUGAUAGGAAUGUUUUCACAGAAGAAGACUUUUUACCGAGCGCUGUGACUGAUCGUCCCAAUCCUAAUGUCCCCCAAAAUUCACUUAACGUAUCAUUUCAAGAUAUCAGCGAAAUUGAGCAAAAUAGUCCGACAAUUCUAGAAAAGGAAACACUCCUUGGGCCAUCAGUAAAUUCUCCAACUUUUCAGCAAGAGCCAGAGCAUGACUCACGACAAGAACCUCUAGAGUCACAGAGAGAACAACCCCAAGAACCACCCAAGCCUCAGUGUUCUAAGUCUAAAGAUACAUCGCUAUUAUCAGGUGGUUUUAGUGAAUCAGAAGAUGACGCUGAAAACUUUUCUCUUGACGACGAAGACUCCGAUUGGUGCGAGGAAGACGAAGUUGAAGACGAAAUUGAAAUUCUAACUGAUCAAAAAUUACAGCUCAAUGUCUUGCCUCGAGUUCUGAAGGAGGAAGAUUACGUUCUCGAGGAAGCACCUUACGCCAACAGUCUUACUACUAUUUCAAUGUUGACUUUUCCCAAAUUGAUAUCCGUUAGUCGAGAUUGA